AUGGAUUCAACCGAAGCUAGUAUGGUCACAGAAGAAAUUGACGAGAGUUUCCUUGUAUGUUCCUUCUGUUCCAAGUGGUACAGCGAUGCCAAAAUUCUACCAUGCUUACACAGCUUCUGUCAGCACUGUUUAAAUGAAUUAGCUGCGAAAAAUGGUGGAAAACACAUCUUCUGUCCGGUAUGCAAAAAAGGGCAUGACCUUCCUGGUGGUACAAAAGGUGCGUCAAAUAACCACUUUGUGAACGAGCUCAUUGCUCUUUUCAAAAAGAAGUCUGCUAGAUCGGUUGACGAUAUGAAGUGUGAUGGAUGUAGGGAGGGUGCCAUGACUACUCAGUGCAUCGACUGUGCCAUUGGUCUUUGUGAUAUAUGCGUCCGUACUCACCAGACGAUCGCUCUCAGCAAGUCCCACCGUUUGAUGUCCCUAGACAAAUACAGGAGUACGCACUACGCUGAUUUUGCGAGUGUUCAACCCCCUGUCUAUUGCUCCUCACAUCCCGAUAACCAACUUAAGUUUUAUUGUGACACGUGCGCAGUUCCGAUUUGUUUGGAGUGCACCGCCGUUGACCAUAGAAUAACUGAACACCGGUAUCGAUACGUGAAGGAGGCAAUGACGGAUUGCACCAAAAACUUGCCACGAGUUUUGGGGAAGUUGCAGGAAAAGGAACUGGAAGCUAAACGAAGCGAACACGAGGCGCGUCAAAUGUCCCAAAGUUUGGAGACUCGGUUCCGCGAUCAAGAAUCUAAACUGACGCAGCAUAUUGAAGAAACGGUAGAAAUCAUAACGAACCAGAUCCGUAACAAUGGGGCCGAGUUAUUGGAACAGAUGAGAGCCGUAUAUAAGUCCAGACAACACAAUCUAGAAGAACAACAGAACGCGCUGCAUGUUGCAGAGAAUAGCAUGAGACAUGCUAGAGAUUUCGCAGAGAAACUUUUGCACUAUGGUAACGCCACGCAGAUGAUGUAUUCAUGGAAGGAUAUGACGUCACAAAUUCAAGACCUACUGAAAGUGAAAACGCAGCAAAGACCGGUAGAGAACGAUUACAUAGAGUUUCAACCUUCUGAAGAUUAUUGUAAGACACUGGUUCUAGGUGUGACCAUAUUUCACAAGCACAACUAUCUCGAACUCAGAGAUGUUCCCGAAUUCGGAAGAAUUGACGAGGAGAUAUCAGUUAAUAUGACAACAAUGAAUGCAGAAAAUGCGACCAAGCGGGCUGAACCAGACGGGAAAAUAAGAGCUGAAAUGAAGACGCCAUCCAACGUGAGAGAAGAAGUGGAUGUGACAGACAAUAAAGACGGGACUCACACCUUGAGAUAUCGAGGCAAAAUUGAAGGGAAGCACGAACUAGCAGUUUUUGUUCAUAACAGAUCUGUUCAGAGAUCGCCCGCCAUAAUAUACGUUGUCCCCAAGAGAGGUCUUCUACAUAAAUAUGGCCAGGUUGGAACAGAUUCGGGACAGUUUAGCUACCCCGAGAGCGUGACGGUCACAAGGAAUGGUGGCACAUUGGUCUGUGACAGGGGUAAUAAUCGACUUCAGCUUUUCUCCCUAAACGGAGAUCACAAGAAAACUGUUCAGAUUAACGACUUUGACCAUGCCUUCUUACCUUACUUCGCCACCCAAUCACGCGAUGGUUAUUUUUUCAUCACAGGAAAUGGUAACAGGCAGGUGAUUAUCUGUGACGAGAACUUGAAAUACAUCAGGUGUUUCGGGAGCGGAGAGUUGAAAUACCCGCGGGGUAUUACUAUCAGUCCAGUAAACGGACGCCUCUAUGUUGUGGACAACGGUUCCCACUGCGUAAGAAUCUACUACCAAGAUGGCGAGUAUAUCAAAUCUUUCGGUUCCCAGGGAAACAAAGAAGGGGAACUAUCCAAUCCGUGGGGGAUUUCAAUUGGCGUCGACGGCAACGUGAUUGUGGCCGACAACAGCAACCACAGGAUGCAAGUCUUUGACGGCGAUGGAGAGUACUUAUAUAGUUUUGGGGAUUGUGGAAAUGGGAGCGACCGGCUGCAGAAUCCACUGGGUGUAUCGACCGAUCGAGAUGGCAAUGUCUACGUAUGUGAUCACAACAACCACAGAAUACAGAAGUACGACUCACAUGGCAAAUAUUUGACUCGUAUUGACACUGCUAAAGAUGGUUUGUGUAACCCCAGGGGUAUAUGCAUCACCGAUGACAAACCAUUUGGAAAGGUUGUAGUGGCUGAUUUUGGCAAUAAUUGCAUUAAAGUGUUUGCGCAGUGA